GUAAUUUCACUCAUGCCCGUACGGUGGACUCACAGGCCGCAGCUACUGCGGACCAGCUUUAGCGCGAUUGUGGGAGCUAACAUUAGCAUUAACCUCGUCGGGCUCUGGCUAAUCUAUGGAACGGCUAACAUGAUAGCAACAGCAAUAUAUAUCCUUUAUGACGACGCGCAAGUUGCAACCAGCAACUGUCAGUGAUACCUCGAGGAUUCCUUCCACAGAUAUAAAAAACAGAAAACUUCACAAAUAACAGCUGCAACCCGAUGGUAAUUUUAAAAAGGUGGCAGUAUUGCUUAUGUAAGAAGGCUGCUCAAAGCGACAGGCUCCAGAAAAGAAGAACGCCUCCUCCUUCAUUCACCUCUUUUUCCUCCUCGUUUGGUGGAGUCACCAGCGGAAGACAUCAGAAGGAAAUAUUUUACGUUCCCCUUUAGUACGGGCGUUUGUUAAAGUUUAUUUCCAGUCAUCAUGUCGUCUUGGGGGAAGAUGUCGCCGGCCGCUCGGCGAACUUCAGCGAACCCUAAUGGAAGCGCUCAACAACUGCGGCCGUUCAGGAGGGCGGCGCCUUAUCCCAGCAGGGAUGAGAGAAGUGAAGAACUGAAGGAUGUUCUGGACAGCAAGUAUCCAGCACGUCUCGACAAAUCAGGCGUUGUUAAAGUCAGGAUCAGCAGCAGAACACUUGGCAGUUACGAAGAACUCGAGCAAAUGCAGAACUUCUCUGGAGGAGUGACGUACGAGAGCUACAAGCCUCAGGCAAACGUCCCCUCCCUCAAACCCACGGCCAAGACAGAGCUCUGCACUCCCGCGGACAGACGUAAGGCUUUGUAUCAGAAAUUCUACAGACAAGUGCAGGAGGAGAGGAGGUCUGCUGACUGUGUGAUUCUCUCCGUCACCAACCAGUGCCUGGAUUACCCCAAAUCGCUAAGCCAGUGCUUGCAGGAGCGCGGCCUGUCAGUGGAAAUGCUCUACCUUCAGGCGGAUUCGGGCCUGACCCGGGCCCUGCAGGAUGUCCGAGCGGGCGGCUCCCCGUUAUGUAUUCUGGUGGAGCAGACAAACAUAGCUCUGUCCUCCUGCACUGUUAUCAUAUUCUCAGAGUCCCUAAAAAUCCACCGGAACAUGCCCAAAGACCAGGCCAUGGACUUUGUCGCCAGUGAGUACAGUUGCAGGGUCAGCAAAGACCGCGUUCCCAGAGACCCUGCCGACAUAGCAGCGCAGACCUCGCAGCUGCUGGACGAUUAUUUAGAACGGGAAAAGAUGGAGCGGCACAGUGUCCCACCUGAAACCCGGCAGCUCCUGGUGCUGUUGGCAGAGGGGGUACAUCUCUACCCCGAGGAGCUGGAAACCAUCUGCGGGUACGUCCGCUCUCGCCAGGAGCACGUCCAAGCUGCGAAUGGUGGUGGCGAGAAAGCCAACACGUUAUCAACAGUACAGAGGAAACCACCCCCACUGCUUCCCACGCCGCCUGGUCCGCCUCUGGUUGAUAUUGCAGGGGGGUCCUUGACUGACAAUUGCCCUCCAGCACGUCCUCCUCUGUUACCUUCACCAGGUUCUUACCCCAAAUCGAAACCUCCGUCGUUACUGUCACUGCAACGGAUUCCUAGUCAACCUCCACCUUUAGGACCCUACAGUGGCCCUCAUGCACCACGUGCUCCUCUUCUACAAAAUCCACCCCUGUACCACACAGGCACCAGGGGGCUCCAUGGUAUAAGGGGACCCUCCCCUGUCACGAAGAAUUCCCGCCCUCCACUUCUGGCAGCUCCAGGUCCUCCUCCUCCUCUACGUCCAACAGGUCCUCAAUACUAAAGAGGAAAACACCCGGAACCAGUAACAGACAUAAGCUACAAGUACCAGCAGAGUGACAUCAGGUCAACGCUGAGGGAGGAGCGAGGAGCGAGGAGAGGUGACUCUGGUGUCUACAUCCUCCUGGGAGUAAGAUCAUGUUAAGGGUCUCAUUACUCACUAUUAUCUUAUUGCAGUAAAUGGAC